AUGUUAGAGUUACGGAAAAGCUUGAAAGCUUCUUCUCCGUCAAGUCUUGUUGUGCUUUUAGUACUAUUAUGGCUUAACAUCACAGUGAGGCCUUCCAUGGCCACACAAACAGUACCAGUAGGAGUCAUUCUUGAUCUGAACUCAACAUUUGGUGACAUGGUGAACAACAGCCUCGCCCUCGCCGUCGAAAAUUACUACUCCAUUCAUAACGAUACAGCCACCAGGAUCUACCUUGAUGUCCGGCAUGUUUCUCAGAACAACAUCGUCAUCGCGGCAUCAAGAGCUUAUGAUCUCAUGAAAAAAGUAAGAGUACGUGCCCUGUUGGGGCCGCAGAAUUCAGAGCAAGCAAGGUACAUUGUGAGACUGGGUGAGCUAUUGCAAGUACCUGUCAUUUGGUUUCCCAUAACGGGUCCAUCUCUUUUGCCACCGCCAUCCCCAUCCUCCAUCUACAUCGAUCAAGGCCUUAAUUGCUAUCAGUUCCAAGCCAUAGCCGCCAGUCUUAAGGCUCUUGGGUGGCAAUCAAUCAUCCCCAUUUAUGAAGAGACUGAAUAUGGCAGUCAUCUUGUUCCAUGCCUCACCAAUGUCUUGAAAGAGAUGGGCAUACGAAUGGCUAACGUAACUGCCAUUGCUUCAGAUUCAUCAGAUCUUGAAGUUAACAUUACUCUUAACAGGUUAAACAACAUGCGAACACAUGUAUUUCUUGUCCAUAUGAGCAUGGAUCUCGGAACAACAUUUAUUAGCUCUGCACAAAAGAAAGACAUGAUGGGCGAAGGAUAUGCUUGGAUACUUACCCAAGAGCUAUCUUCUUUGACAGAUCCUCGAGUUAUGGUUCCGAGAAAAUUGUAUCGUGGCCAAGUCCCAUCUGGGACUUUUAUUGAUUCUUUUGCUUUGAAAGGGUAUAUGCAAGGUGCAUUGGGAGUGAGGCCAAUGGAUUCGAUCAAAACAGAUGCGCGUAACGUGAUAGAGGAUAAUUUCACUAAUAAGUUCCCAGGAGCUAGGCUAACUAUCUAUGGAUGGUGGGCUUAUCACACAAUCGAAGCACUGGCUAUGGCAUUAGAGAAGCCCGGCGCAGACAAUAAUGGCACAAAACUUCGAAGUGAAAUUCUGGAUACUAAUUUCACAGGCGUGUCAGGGAUAAUUUUUGAUUUAAAACGAGGACAACUAGAUCAAUCAGUGCUUGAAGUAUACAAUGUGGUAGGAACAAGAGAAAGGAUCAUCGGAUCUUGGAACCCCAAAGAUGGAUUUGUUCAAAAUAAUAGUAAAAGUGGCGAGGUAUCUGGUGAUGAAUACCAACAAAGUGGUCCACUGGCACUGUGGCCGGGUGACACAUUGGAUAAACCACCGAAGUUGAGAAUAGGAGUCCCAAGAACAAAUUCUUUUCCUGAAUUUGUGAAUGCAGGUAAUUCUAGUAAGCUUCGGAUUGAUGGCUUUGCUAUUCAUGUGUUCUUAAAAGCUAUCAGUCGUUUGCCGUUUCUGUUAAAUAAUUAUGAGUUUGUUCCCUUGCCGAAAAAAAGCGAUACUCCCACAAACUAUGAUGAUAUUCUCUGCAGCCAAAUGAAAGACGAGGAUCUUGAUGCUAUAAUUGGAGACAUCACAAUUGUAGCAAAACGCACAAACUGUGUUGAUUUCAUGUUGCCGUAUCUAGAUUCAAGCGUAGCAAUGGUGGUAAGGGCGAAGGCCUACAGAAAUGCGAUGGAGUUUAAAAGCAAAGCUGCAGGAUGGAUGGUGAUACUGACGUCACUCCUAUUCAUCUUAGUAGUGCAAGUUUACACGGCGAAUUUGACUUCAAUUUUAACACAAGGAGAGAAGAAAGAGCCUGCAUUUAAGGACGAAAAUGGGGUUAAAAGUAGCAAUGUGUUUGUGGGACAUCGAAAUGGGUCGUGGGUGAAGGAGCUUCUGAUUAACCAAAUGGGAUUCGACCCGUCUCGAUUAAAGGCUCUAGCAACUGGUGAGGAGUACAAUUCAGCAUUGUCAAAUGGAACAGUGGAAGCUAUUUUUGAUGAAACUCCCUAUCUCACGCUCUUUCUCUCCAGAUAUAGAUCUGGCUUCAUGAUGACAGGACCAAUCCAUAAAACUGGUGGAUUUGCCUUUGCAUUCCCAAAGAAAUCUAGCCUGGCCUUGCAUUUCUCGAAUGCAAUCUUAAAGGUGACUCAAGAUGCGGAGCCAUAUCGUGUGCUGAUGGCCAGGAGCUCCUUACCCACCUCCAUUGAAGAUUUCAUUUUUGAAGACCAUAGUGAUCCUGAGACGACAAGUUUGAAAAUAGAUGACUUUGGAGGCCUUUACCCUGUCCUAAUAAUAUCUGUAGUAGCUCUCUUCAUAUCUGUAGUAGUAGCACCUCUGAAUCCAUCAGUAAUUCGAUGCUUGCUUAGCAAGCGGUUUCCAUUCCGAAUCCAUCAUCAGUGA